AUGGCUGAAAACUGGCAGGAUAUUGCCUCAAAGGCUCAAGCAGGUCUUUUAAACUCAAUACCUCCCAAAUGGCGUCUACCCGAACCGGUCGACCCGUCUGUGAUGGACGUUCGUGGCAUUCCAAGGGCCUGCGCACUGCUUACGGAGAAACAACUCUUGAUCACUGAGCAGACGGCCAGUGAGCUCGUUCCCCAGCUGAGAGACGGCAAGCUGUCCUCUGUCGAAGUGACAGAGGCCUUUUGCGCAAGGGCUGCAAUUGCACAUCAGUGUGUGAACUGCCUGACAGCAUUCUUCCCCGACGAGGCUCUUGCACGAGCAAAAGAACUCGAUGACAUCCUCGCAAACACGGGUGUCCCGGUCGGGCCCUUGCACGGGUUACCCGUGGGCAUCAAGGACAUCUUCCACAUGAAGGACAAGAACCUGACCAUGGGCUAUCUGGCAUGGCAUAACAACCGGUGCACGUACGACGCGUCAAUAAUCCAGAUGCUGAGAAAUGCCGGAGCUGUCUUCUUCGUGCGCACCACCAUGCCGCAGACGGGCAUGUUCCUCGAAACCUGGAGCAACCUCUGGGGCCGCACCAUGAACCCUUUCAACAGGCACUUCUCUGCGGGCGGCUCCUCUGGUGGAGACGGAAGUCUCGUGGCCAUGCGAGGCGCACCAUUCUGCCCAUCGACCGAUAUUGGCGGCAGCAUCCGUGCCCCGGGAACCUUCAACGGACUGUAUGCCAUGCGACCGACGGCUGACAGAACGGCCAAGAGGGGCAUGGGCACACCCGCCCCCGGUCAGAUCUCUAUCAAGGUCUCCUCGGGCCCCAACUGCCACAGCAUGGCCGACGUCAAACUCGUGGCCGAGAUCCUCCUCACUCACCACGGUCUGCCCUUUGAACCUACCGCCGUGCGCAUGCCCUGGCAACAGCUCCCCGCGAAGACGGAGAAGCUCUCAAUUGGGUUGCUGGCCACGGACGGGUGUGUGACUCCACAACCACCGAUUGCGAGGGCGCUAGAGGAGACCGCGGCAAACCUGCGCGCGGCCGGUCACGAAGUGAUCGAAUUCCAACCACCGUUCGAUUGUUGGGAAGUCGCACAAGCCACGUGGCGAUUGUGGUUCCAGACCGGGGCAAAAGAGACGUUGGACCUGGUCGCGUCGUCGGGCGAACCGCUCUAUCCUACCUUCAAGUGGUAUCUCGAGACGUUUAACAUCCAGCCGUUGACCGUGCCGGAACUGUUCAAGCUCAACACCAAACAAGCAGAAUGGAAAUACCAAUUCGCCGAGGCGUGGCACGCCACCGCGUCGCGCACCCGCUCCGGCCGCCCGAUCGACUGCCUGCUCUGCCCGUGCGCCCCGUCGGCGAGCUUCCCCCACGGCUUCCCCGUCUGGUGGGGAUACUUCAGCCUGUGGAACCUGCUCGACUACCCGAGCAUCGUGCUGCCGCUGAAGAAGAUGCGGGUCGACCGCGACAAGGACCGCAAAGAUGUCGGGUACACGCCCCGCGACAACGUCUUUGACCGGAUGAAUUGGGAGGUCUACGAUCCCGAGAGGUGGGCGAAUCUGCCCGUCACGGUGCAGCUGGUCAGGCCGCAGUUUGGGGAUGAGGAGCUCAUUGCGGUCGCCGAGGUGGUUGAUCAGGUUUGUAAUUCGUGA